AUGUCACCUAUGAACGAAGCCGCUUGGAUACUGGAGUCAAUGGCUCUUUUAGAGGAUGAAAUAAGUCACGCCGUCGCAAUACAACCCUUCGAUGCCAAUGUCCGCACCCGAGCGUACAUCGAUGUGCCUUACCCAUUCAUCUCAGGUAAUGGGGUUGCCGGCACUGUCCAUGAAGUCGGCACGUCAGUCGCCAGAUUCAAGAAGGGAGACCGCGUCAAAUUCGUCGUGAGCAGAGAAGCUACCACCGCUAUGAUACCAACAAGCACAACUUUCGAGGACGCUGCUGCGAUACCUUUCUCACUCUUAACAGCUGUUGCAGCCUCACACUUACGCUUGGGAAUGAAUAAACCUGGAACAAAGUGCAAUGGAAAAGUACAAGUCUGGGGCGCAAGCGGGUCCCUUGGCUACGAGGCCAUGGCAACCGCUUCCCCGCGAAAGUUUGAAGACGUUCGUGGCCUCGGGGGCUCUGCGGUUUUUGACUACAAGGAUGAUGAGAUAGUUCCGAAGCUGAAAAGUCCCGGUCCCUAUGACUUUAUCAUGACAGCGUCAGGCGAUGCGAUAGGCACAAACACUUCAAGCGAGGUCCUACAACCUGGAGGCGGCACAUUUGCUUCUGUCGGCCCGCAAAGUAAUGGAACGCAUCUGGCCGAGAAUGUCCACCUGUAUGGUGACUACCUCCCCGGGGCUUUGGGCGGGAACGUGACCCCCACGGCCUUAGAAAAGCGUCCUGGUGGCUUAAACAAAAUCCAGGAAGCUUGUGCCGACGUUUUAGAAGGGUGA